AUGAAGUUCCUCUCAACCCUCUACAGCACCUUCCUUAUCAGCGCUCUGGCAGUAUCCUGCUUGGCAGACCGUACCUCUGAACGCCUCCGAAACCCAUGGACGCGCUGCGGACUUGGAGAGAUGCAUUGCAACACGGGGACGGGCAGUCCCACAUGGAAACAGAUCGAUGACAUCUCCUCACAUUGGAGAAAAGGUGCCGUCGAGGUAGCAAAGCAGGUUGGCGCCGAUAGCAACCCUAGCGAUCAGACGGAGCGUGAAUGUGGCUCGCCUUAUGGGUCCGGUUGCGCAACGAACGAAAACCCCGACAAGAAUAGCGAUGCGCGGAUGGCGAGCUGUCGCAAACCCGAUGGGAUCUUGGGAACCGAUAACUGUGUGCCUGAUGUCUGCGUGUCGAUCUAUCUGGAUGCGAUUCUGGAUCAGUGUCGGGAUGAGAAUGGCGAGGAUGGUUUGGUUAGUGGGAAGGUUCAUAUUCCUGACUAUAAAGCGUCCAUCGAGGUGUUUACUGUUUAA